GGCUGCAUGGCUGCACAGGCGCGGCAAGGAUUAGUUGUUUUCUAGUAACAGAUGUAAACCUAUUUGCAAUCAAUAUGGAACCGCGUAUAUUGACCUUAGACGGUCAGACAGGAGGAAAUCCAAACUUUGUUUUCUUCAAUUUGGUUGAAUUUUUCGUCGAUGCAGUCACCACCUGUUUCUCUCAUGGCGCUGACAAACUUUGCGUCCCCAUCGGCCUGAGCUCUCUAUCUGCGCUGCUUCUACUGCUAUCAUGCAUUCUGCUCGUGUAUCAGAGGUGCACAUUUCGCGGGAAAAAUCCGGGAGAAAGCAUCAUUCUCCUCUACAGCUUCCUCGGUAACCUGUGUAGCACAAGUGGAGCCAUUCUGUCCAGACAGUUUCAUAUUCAGAUUGUUUUGGGUGCUUUUGCUGCUGCUAUGGAUGGUAUCGGUUUUAUUUCUUGCUGCUUACCUGUACUCCUGUGCUGGAACUCAAAGGCAGAAAAGAGGAUGAGGAUGAUAAGGGGCCGGAGGAGGCAGCACCUCCUGGCAGUGUGUGUACUGAUGGUGGUUGCUGGUGGUUUUCUGAAGUCCAGGGACUCACACCAUCCUGUAGACGGGCAUCUCAGCGGGAGGAAGCUGCUGCAUGCCACCUUCCAAGACAACACUGAAAUCCUGGGUUACAUACUUGGCCUGCUGUCUUCUGUCAUCGCCUGUACCUCCAGGUUCCCUGCCCUCUGUAGAACAUACAGAGGGGAGAUGUUGACCUGUGCCCACAUCUUCUCUGGGCUCCUGUGCUCCCUGGCUAGUGCCCUGUAUGCUGCGGCCAUACUCCUCUACAGCACUCGGUUUGGGUUUAUUUUAAGAGUCAUGCCGUGGCUGCUGUCAGCGAUAUGCUGCAUCACCCUGGACCUUCUUAUUCUUGUCAUCCACUGGUGGAAGAGAGGAACAACACGGCAGCUUGUACAUUUUUCUCCAGACAGAGAAAACCUUUUAGGAGGAUCAGGCAUCCCGACUGAGGAUAACGAUGUCAUGAAGAGACAAAGAAAACAGCAAGUUCAUUCUUCAGCAAGGACUAAAAUAAAUCCUGUCCAGAGGAUGACUGAGAUGGGCGGUUAUAUGGAUGUCAGUCUUCAUCCUGUAGAAAAAACUUGCCUUCAGAAAGUGACGUUGUCCGAGGUGAAGGACCUGCCUCUCAACAUGACGCUGCGAGUGAUCGGAGGUGACCGUUUCUACUCCUCAGAUACAUCCUGUGAGUCUUCCCCUGUCAGCUCUGACCUGGAGGUGGGUUGGAGCCCUGUGUAGCCCUGUUGUGGGAUUUUGAAGAGGCAAAUGCCCCGUGGAGAGAACCAACAGCAAAUCAACAGGAGGGAGAAGAGUUUCCGACUCAAAGGCCAACAAACCCCAAACCCUUCUGCACCUGUGCCAUGUUUGGAUUCCCACAGAAAGUCCUGUCUUCGAGAAAAGAGAAUGAGAUGCAGCUUUGACAGAAAAACAAACAAAUGUCAUUAUCAAUUACUAAUGUGAUACACAUCUGGUGCAUUUAUUUGAGGGGAAAUAAAAAGAUAAAACACUAA